UGCGGUUGAGUCAGGUGAUCAUCAGAAGCGGGGCGCAGCUGGUCUGUUGCUAGUGAUGUUUUAGUUUCGUUGCACUUUGUUUUCUACCUUGCUGCAUGCGACUGUCAGUUACGCAGAAAGGAUAUUUGUUUAUCAUAAUUUAUUUGUAUCAUGGAGAGAAGAAGGUUUCAGGACUAGUAUAAUGUGUUUCCAAGAAUAGUGAACAAGGAAGUCUGUUAGACGACUGCGUGUGCAGACGUCAUUCUUCAGAGCGGUGUUCUCUCAAGUGCUUGCUUACAAGGCGAAAAAUUUCAGUAUGCCGUUAAGCCAUAUUCAGAGCUCUCAUAUUGCUUGCUGUUUGCCAGUGCAAAUCGUGUAGUCGUGUAGGUAGGUUGUAUUGCAUUCCUCAUAAUAAAAGUAAUGUGUAAGCGGAAAUUAGUAAUGAUUGUUCACGCCAAUUAUUAUGCGGCACGUGAAGGCGGUUGCAUUUUGCAGAAGGAAUAAACAGUUAUUGAUUGUUUUGAAGAAGCUUGCGAUUUACUGAAAGCCCUCCACUUCAGUUCCAAGCCAGCGAGAUCAUACAAAUCUCGUUCGUAAAAGUGAUGGUUUGUUGUUACAAAACAAUAGCGUACAGUGUGGAAUAAUUGUCAUGAAUAUGUCCGUCACGAGUGCGUGACGUAGAAACAUUGAACCAAUGGAUAUGGAUGGUGUGACUUCGUGUCUAGACGUAGCACCGUUUACAUUUGUAACCAGCAAGACAGUCGCGCAGUGUCAGGCUGCGGUUGGAGGUGUGUGUGGUUGUCGCUUGAAUUUCGUAAUAGCACAUGUAGUCUGCUGGUAUUCAUUUCACUGGAUUGCAGACAUUAUUACUUGCGUGCGCGCGCUUGAUCUUAUUGUGUGUGUGUGUAUAAAAAUGUUUUGCAGUCGGCGUGUAUUUAAUUAGCAGUGCGAGUCAGCCGGUGUGUUAUCGGUAAUGUGAGUUGGAACGUGUUAAUCGAUAAUUUCGAUCUGUUUGUGAUAAUAGUAACGUUUGAAUUACAUAUAUAUGUGUGUGCAUUGCUUCUGCUGAUGAUAGUGCAUGUGUGGACGUGGAAACAGAUGUAGCCGGCUUAGGAUUGAAUACAGGAACAAAUGCCCCAUGUCUCCGUGUAGCCGCGAGCACGCCCCAAGCAGUCGAACUGUGUUGCUCCUUCAGGAGCACCAGCGUCCCGCAACACCUUGUAGUGUGACGCCGGGUUGUCGUCCUGAUGCCACCACGGCAAGGCGCUUUCUUCGCUGGUUUGGUCGUCUGGGACGCCCCGUCAUGGGAAAACAAGGGGUCCUGGAGAUGACAGCCACGGAGAACACGAUCCGAUUCAGCGGCCAUACGCUGGACAAGGCAACCAAGGCGAAGGUCACACUAGAAAAUUAUUAUAGCAACCUCAUCGCACAGCAUUACGAGCGCAAACAGAGGUUGGCAAAGUUAGAAGAAUCUCUUAAAGAUGAGGGCCUGACAGAGGCUCAGAAGCAGGAGAAGCGGCAGCAACAUGCACAGAAGGAGACUGAGUUCCUAAGGCUGAAGAGGUCAAGAUUGGGUGUUGAGGACUUUGAGCCACUGAAAGUGAUAGGGCGGGGGGCAUUUGGUGAAGUUAGGCUGGUGCAGAAGAAAGACACAGGUCAUGUCUAUGCUAUGAAGAUUCUUCGGAAAGCUGACAUGUUGGAGAAGGAGCAGGUGGCCCAUGUACGGGCUGAGAGAGAUGUGUUGGUAGAAGCUGAUCACCAGUGGGUAGUCAAAAUGUACUACAGUUUUCAGGAUCCCAUCAAUCUGUAUCUCAUCAUGGAGUUCCUUCCAGGAGGCGAUAUGAUGACACUCUUGAUGAAGAAGGACACUCUUUCUGAAGAAUGUACUCAGUUCUAUAUAGCAGAAACAGCCUUGGCCAUUGACUCUAUACACAAACUGGGCUUCAUCCACAGGGACAUUAAGCCAGACAACUUGCUCCUGGAUGCCCGAGGACACAUCAAGCUCUCUGAUUUUGGCCUCUGCACUGGUCUGAAGAAGUCUCAUCGUACCGACUUUUACCGUGAUCUCAGUCAAGCUAAACCCUCUGACUUCACAUCAAGCCCAAUGGACAGUAAGAGACGGGCUGAAAGCUGGAAGAAAAACAGGCGGGCAUUGGCCUACAGCACUGUUGGCACUCCUGACUAUAUUGCACCUGAAGUGUUCUUGCAGACAGGCUAUGGGCCAGCAUGUGACUGGUGGAGUCUUGGUGUAAUCAUGUAUGAGAUGCUUAUUGGAUAUCCUCCAUUUUGCAGUGAGAAUCCCCAAGAAACAUACCGUAAAGUGAUGAACUGGCGUGAAACAUUAACGUUCCCACCAGAGGUUCCCAUCUCAGAAGAGGCAAAGGAAACUAUAGUAAGAUUUUGUUGUGAGGCAGAACGGCGCUUAGGUUCCCAGAGGGGCAUGGAUGAACUAAAACUUGCCCCUUUCUUUCGUGGUGUGGACUGGGACCACAUUCGUGAACGCCCAGCUGCCAUCCCUGUUGAAGUACGCUCUAUUGAUGAUACUUCUAAUUUUGAUGACUUCCCUGAUGUCAAACUAGAAAUACCUGCUGCACCACUGCCCCAGGAUGGAGAAGUCAUCUAUAAGGACUGGGUGUUCAUCAACUACACAUUCAAGAGAUUUGAGGGGCUGACACAGCGAGGAACUCCAACUAAGAAAUAGUCUUGACUGUAGCCAUUUAAGUCGGUUGCUGACGUAAUGUGCUGUGCUCUACAAAAUAUGGUUAUGAUUGGCACCAAAUUGUUCAUGUAGACAAGAAGCUGGAUGGGCAAGCAAGUAGACUGAUGGCUGCAGCUUUUCCCUGUAAAGAAGCACUCAGUAACACUUCCCAAAGUAAAACUUGUAAGAUAAUUCAGUUUAUAUUAAAUGAGUAGUGACCUCUUACAAACCAGUCCACAUAAAUAUGCAAAUAUAUACUUAGAUAAUUUUUAGUCAGAAAGUUAAUUUGUUAUUUAUUUUGAACUUUAAGGAGUAAUACUUUAAUGUAGGUUGAAAGAUGCAAUAGGUCAGACUGGGGAAAACAAUUUGAAUCCAUGUUAAUUUAUUGAUUUUAUUUAAUAUAUGUUAGUUUCUGUGUCAUGUUUUAUUCCUUAGCAGCCUGAUGUAUAGUAACAGUUAUGCUGGGAGAGAGGUAACCUUGUCUCAAGCACCAUGCACCACUUUAUCAUUAUUUAGUGCAGUCAUUGCAGUUCUUUUACUCAAUAUGACCACACAGUUGCCUCACGAAACAGUAAGUUAUAUACAGAUACUAACAAAUAAGGCCACUUGUAAUCACUUGGAUUCACAGUUUUAGUGUGCUUGUAUUUUAAAUUAAAUAACUUCAUAUUUGUAGAGUUGAACAGACUUUUCUAUCCAUCUGUUUAUGUUUUAUUGACUAAAGUAAACACCUGUUAUUUCAGAUUUUGACCUAGCAAGCUAAUGAAAAUAGAAAUCAAGUUUUCUCCAUCUUCAAACUUCAGAAUAUUAUUUCAGUAGGAAUUCUUAUUUGAAUUCUGGUGUUUAAGCAUAUACUGCUACUGCUCCUGAAAACAAAAAGGCUUGAUCAUUGAUCUUGUUUUUUGGGGUGCUUAAUAGUAUUUGUUUGGAAGUUUACAUUGUUGGAAAAAGCAGUGUGGAUGGGUGAUUCCAGGGAACAGGUGUGAGAUGAAACAUAUCACGCCAAAACCACAACUCUGCAGAGACCAGUAAAGUGGAUGAUUAUGAUCAUUAUGUGAUAGGUUUAGUAAAUAGGCAUGCGUAUUUGGAAACACGUGUCCCAUCAGUUGUGUUAAUGGAUGAGCAUGUGUUAUAUGUGAAGCUUUGGCAUGAAAUGUCAUUGGCCUAGCAUUCUCAUGGAGAUAGAAGCCUGGGUAGAACCUUUGAGGAGCUUUGUGUUAUUUGAGCAGAUCAGAAAACAAUUCUGGUAUGAAGGUCUGCCAUGUGUCUGCUUGUGUUAAAUAUUUUUGCUUAUUAUGGCAAUGAUUGAUGUAUUGUUGUCCAGCUGCACUUAAAAAGUGCUUGGGUGGUUUGGUCAAGUUGGUCGUUAAAGAAACCAAGUCUCCCAUUAUCUAUGUAGCUUGUUGUUUGCUAAUCAAGUCGUAUGUGCAAAUGCCAGACUGUGCAGUUUGAUCUUGAACUGAUACUGUGAUGUUAUGUAACUAUAAGUAACUUGCACAUGAAUGUGAGUCUGUGAGUGAGUGGGUAUGCUCUCUACGUACUUCUGUAUUCACAGGCACCCAGGUGAUAUAUAUUGUGCUGUUGUUAGUUUGUGUUCUUGUGGUGUAAAUAUUGUAUCUGUUACAUAAUUACACCACUGUCCUCAUUAUUAUUUAUUGCAACUUUAGGUUUUUCACUGUGUUGACUCAUUGUUUACUGUAUAUAAUCUUACUAAGUACACAUUCACAAUCCACCUUAAUGAUGAGUAUGUAAAGCAAGCUGGUGCAAGUGGAUGAAGCUUCUUCAUUAUAUGCACACGGUAACAUUGUAGAAACAUGAGUAGUGCCAACAUUAAGUUAUUGCUGACAAGCAGUAGGAUUUUAUGUGCUAUCAGAUGAGGACAUUCACUAUAUUUUAAGUUUUGUAUUAAAUGUUUUUGUUCAAAGUGUAUCUUUAUGGCUGUAUGAUGUAAUUUUCUUUGGUAAAUUACAUUAGCGCCUGUACAAAAUCUGUGUAUAGCAAGCAAAUUAUUAAUUUGAUUGUUUUUCUUAAAUAAUUUUAUGAAUGAGAAGUGUAAUUUAUUUUAUAAAACUCUAAUGAGAGCAUGAAUUGCCUACAAAACAA